GCAAAAACCCUCACCCACAGCAACGGCGACCAAAUCCGCCGAGCAGGCCGGCAAUGCCGUCCGGCGGCAAGCCGCGGAGGUCCGCGUCCGCCAUCUUCGCCGACACGGCGAGCGGGCACCACCUCCUCACCGUCCAUGGCUACUCCCGCACCAAGGGCGUUCCCACCGGGGAGCGCGUCAAGUCGCGCCCUUUCGCCAUCGGCGGCCACCGCUGGCGCAUCGACUACUACCCCAACGGCGUGCGCGCGGAGGUCGCCGACUACGUGUCCCUCUCCCUGAUGCUCGACGAGGACGAGGACGUCGCGGCGGCGCCGGCGGUGAAGGCCCAGUACGACAUCCGCCUCGCCGGCGAGGCGGAGGAGGAGGAGGAGGAGGGGGCGGCGCUGGCGUCGUCGCCGGUGGACGACUUCACCCCCGGGAGGGGAUGGGUGUACACCACGUUCGUCUCCAGGGAGGAGCUGGAGGGCUCCGAGCAUCUCAGGAACGACUCCUUCACCGUCCGGUGCGACAUCGUCGUCGUCCGCGACUACCGCGCGGAGGACGCGGCGGUGGCAUUCGUCUCCGUUCCCCAGUGCGACCUGCGCCGGGACCUCGCCGGGCUCCUCGAGACCGAGAAGGGCGCCGACGUGGUGUUCGAGGUCGGCGGCGAGACCGUCGCCGCGCACCGGUGCGUGCUCGCGGCCCGCUCCUCGGUCUUCGCCGCCGAGCUCUUCCGGCCGAUGAAGGAGGGCAAUGCCGACGCGGGCGUCAUCGUGCGGGUGGAGGACAUGAAGCCGGAGGUGUUCAAGGCUCUGCUCCGUUUUGCAUACACCGGCUUGCUGCCGGAGACGCGCAAGGAGGACCAAGACGUGACAUGCCAGCACCUGCUCGUCGCGGCGGACAGGUACGGCAUGAGGCGGCUGAAGCUGAUAUGCGAGGAGAAGCUCUGCGAGUGCAUAAACGUGGGCUCGGCGGCGAUCGUCUUGGCGCUGGCCGAGCAGCACCGUUGCGAGGGGCUGAAGAAGGCGUGCUUCGAUUUUCUCGCGGCGCCGGCGAACCUGAGGGCGGUCGUGGCCACCGAAGGCUUCCAGCAUCUGAGCAGGAGCUGCCCUUCACUCAUGGCCGAGGUGAUCACCAUGUCCUUGGGCAUUACUUAGCUGAGUGAUGGAUCAUGGUGGAUGCCCGUAAGUGUUCUGCCAUUGGUGAAUAAAUUGUUGUUUAGACUAAUGGAACGGAAAUGUGUAUGUAAUCAGGUAGCUGACUUAUUAGACUCUAAUUGAUGAUCG